AUGUCCUCCAAGGACCACGACCUCGAGGUCCCAGCCGAUGAGCCGCCACGCGAAAAGCCGAGACGCUCCAAGUCUGAACGAAAGGACCACAAAGAUCGCGACCGAGACCAUGAUCGGGAAAAGCAUAAGGACCCCGACCGCGAGCGUCGCCGACAUCGCACCUCACGCUCUUCUAGAAGCAAGCUCAGUGAGGUGAGCGACACCGUUUCCCACACAUCUAGUCGCCGUCACCGUCACCGUAGGGAAAGGGACAGCGACGAGCAUCACCACCGCCAUCACCGUGCAGCCUCGACCAGUGACUUGGCCAGCUCAGACAUGGCCAGGACGUCAACAGCUGCCACCUCUAUACUUUCUGAUCGCAUCUCAGUGCCUUACCCGUCUUUCAGCAAGGCGCACAGUAAGGAGGCCAUCGUUAGUCGCGACUCCCUGUCCCUCCCUCGCCAACGUAGUCCCAAACCGUCUACUCCUGAACCUACGGGUGCUCCAUAUACCGAAGAUUCGAGAUCCCCCAAGGGUUCUGACAGCGGCAAGCCAGAUGUGCCGCUCAGUCCACCCCGAACUGAUCUCGAUGCGGACAAAACAGCAGUGAACGAGGAGACACCAGAAGAUCCAGCCAAGAACGAAUAUCCAAAAGAGGAAGCCCCCGAAAAUGAAACACCAAAGGUUGAGACACCUAGAGACGAAACCCCAAGGAUCCGAACGCCUACAGAAGAACUCCCGGCAGCCGAGGCUGGUCUUGAACAGCCAAAAUCAAGAGUGUCAAGUCUUUCUCGCUCAGCAUCACGAAACGAGGAGCGGUCUCGCGUGAGUCGUCGGUCCGGAGUCUCGAGCCAAGCUACCUACGUCAAGUCUUCAUCGCGCCGCUCUGGCGACAAGGUUCGCCGUUCUGAUUCCCGAGCAUCUAGUUCUUCUCAUCGCUCUGUUCACCGAACAUCAUCUACUCGAAGUCACAGAAGGUAUGAUGUCGAUGGAGCAUCUUCUCCUUCAAGUGCUCAGGAUUCAUCUCCCAGGACACCAACACAAGCCCCAUUUCCUCAUGGAUACCCGGAUGCCAAGCCUGAGACUCCCUCAGUCAUCGACGUCCAAGAUGUCGACUCGAAUCUGCAUUCGAAGACGGCUACGCCUGCGUCUGCUUUUGGUGCUGCUGCUCCCCCUCCACCACCUCCUCCCCCUCCCGCACUCGAUGUUCACGAUAUGCCGCGAGUCGACUACUUGCUUCAGAAUGGCGGCCUGGCUUACACAGCCCCUAAGAACUUCCUUUCUGUUUUACCCCGUCAGAACGGGAACCGACCUUCAAACCCACCUCUGGUCGGCACAGACACCCUAUUUGCUCCCUUCCAUAAUCUAUUAGACCAGUACAACACAGUACUCAGCAAGCAGGGCUCGAUUGCCGUUGCUACCGGACACCGUUCUGUUGCUCGCAGGCUGUUGGACCGCCUCGAAAAUGUCUUUUCUCGCGAUCUACCUCCUCAUGGUUGCACUUGCAUCAUGUGCGAUAACCCCCAUGAAAUUCACGAUGGUCUCAACUGGGGCGAUGUGUUGGAGUGGGUGAGCGGUCGAAUUGACCUCCCGCAGUGGCCGCCCUUUGAUCUUGCCGAAGUUGGUACCAAGGCUGCUGAAAUCUCUGGUGAUAGGCCUCCUCGACCUCAGUCACCUGUCCAGCUGGACCCUGAUAUUGCGGAGGAGUUUAGGGAGCACUAUCUUCGUCAGUCGAAGAAGGUUCGCUCUGCUGUCGACCGAUGGCUAUCCAACACUGGAGAAACUCCAGUGCCACCUCCCCAAGAUGUCGAUGACGAGACAUUGUCCUUUGCUAUCCUCACAAACCUUGACCCUGAGGACCGCCCUUACUUCAACGCUAUCAUGACUGGCUCGAAGGAGCUCAAGUCGUCAGUUCGUGCUCCUACACCUGGACAUCGACCACGAACGGAUUUUCUCAUCAAGACUGGCCUGGCCCUGCAGCGGCUAUACAGAUUGCAGCAAGUGCCACGAGACGCUGAAUCGGCUACGUAUCUGGUUAAGAACCCGCAUACGCAUGAUCUCCUCGUUGCACUUUCCAACAUCAACAAUUCAGAGUGGGAGAUUCUCAUCUCUGGUCGCUUCGACGGCUUCCUCUGGUCAGGAGCUGAUGAUGAUGUGCCACAAACUCCGCAUAAUGAAUCGCGCGGACCAACACCCGCUAGUGCCUAUUACAAUACCCGAACGAUGAGCCCUGGACCUCGAGCUUCAUCGUCGUUCAGUUCGAGAAACACGACUCCUUUUUCGGUCUACUCACGAGGUACAACACCAGCCUCUUUCGUCAGCGUCAACACCACAGGAAUGCCCGGAAGUCGACAGGCUGUCUCAAACGAUGAGGAGAUGGAGAUGGCAGCCAUUGCAGAGAUUGAACGAGAGAUUUACAAGGGAAUGGAGACUUUGGAGGAUGCCUUCGAAAAGUUGCAUAAGAAGGCCGAAGUUGUCCGGAAUGCACUGCGUCAGCGAGGAGCUGCUUUGAUGCAGAACUUGCAGAACCGCCGUCGCAUUGACGUGCUGUCCGGCCCCAACUCUGGAAACUCGCAAGCUUCAGGCUAUGAGCGCCCGGCUUGGGCUGGCGAAAGCGAUCGUGAUCCGGGAAGUGACGAUGACUGGGCAUUUGAUGAUGUCGACAUCAUGCCCGAUGAUUCGGCCAGUAACAUCAGUAGUUCGCGACACCGACGACCUAAGAGGCGUACGGAACGACGAACACCUGCCCCGAUCAACGAAGAGGACGAGGAUUGA